AUGGGGGACUCUGAUCAUGUUGUUUCAUGGUUCAGGGAGGACCCGACUUCUUACUUCCUGGAGACAUCUAACUUAGAUGGAGAAGCCAACCUCCAACUGGCCACUUCUGAAGGGCAGGAAAGUAAGGAAGAAACUAGGGAUGAAGAACUGACAAGGAGUGUGUGCAGGAGCACUUCAGGGAUUGAUGAGUGGGAUGGGUUAAAAAAAGAGGUUAUUGUUUUCCUGCCUUGGUGCCUAGCCUUCCCAGUGCCCCCUGUUACAGAUCUUAAAGGACUGGACUUUAUUAAGAUGGGUGUGACAAUUAGGCCAUGUUGUCACAUUAUGACUACUGUGGGCUAUUCUUCCACUAUGAUUAUCAAUUAUCCAAGAGAUAUAAGCCAAUCCACGGUGAAAGAUAUUAAGCAAGAUGUAUUUUCCAUCUGGAGCAAUGCGAUCCCCUUUAUUUUCCAAGUGAAAAAUCAAGAUGCAGACAUCAAGGUUUCUGUCUGGGACUUAGCCCAUGGAGAUUGUUGGCCCUUUGAUGGACCAGCUGGUGUCUUAGGUCAUGCAUUUUCACCAAAUUGAGCUUCAGGAGUUAUCCACUUCGACAGAGGAGAACAUUGGUCAACUUCAGACAGAAGAUUUAGUUUGUUCCUUGUUGCUAUUCAUGAGCUUGGCCAUUCUCAGGGCCUGCUGCACUUCGAGAGUCCGAACUCCAUAAUGUAUCCCAGAUAUGUGAAUUGGGACUCUACAACCUUCCAUCUUGAUGGUGAUGAUAUCAAAAUAAUCCAGCAACCCUAUGGUCUGUGCCUGCUGGAAGGGAGGAUAUCUGGACAGGAAAUUCCACUUGGAGUUUACUGUCGUCUUCUGUCCUCAUAA